AUGGACGUCAAAUCAGUUCAAGCUCAGUCUCCGGCUACCCCGAAAUACAUCCUUCGUGGACAUGCCUCCCCAAUUCAUGCCCUACACAUCUACAGCCGGAAUUUACGACUUGUAUCCGGUGACGCCAAUGGCUGGAUCGUUGUUUGGGACCUGGUCACCAAACGCCCUGUGACGGCAUGGAAGGCGCAUGAGGGAGCUAUACUAGAGGCGAGGGGCUAUAAUGUUGGCUCUGGUGCAACUGAGAUUUACACACAUGGCCGCGACCACAAACUAUGUGUGUGGAAGCUUCGACCAGAGGAUGAAUCGUUUCUCGACAGAACACUUCCAGUGGAUGCGACUGAUUCUGCACAGCCAGAAAGUAAAACCCAGCCAUGGUUACUUCAUUCAUUGCCCGUGAAUGCGCUCAAUUUCUGUGCGUUCUCAAUGGCAUUUGUGGAUUCAGAUGGACUUCCUGGGUUUCCAUCCCAAUCUGGGAAACCAGAGAACACUCUAUUUGCAGUACCCAAUGCCUUGGAUUCUGGUGGGAUCGAUAUCUUCCACCUACCAUCUGAGCGCAGGAUCAGUACUAUCCCUUCUGAUCAAUUGACCAAAACUGGAAUGCUGAUGGCUGUAAAUCUCUUUGCGUCACCUUCUGGGGAUAUCUACGUCGCCUCUGCAUAUGAAGAUGGCCAUGUGAUGGUCUUUGCUCAUCGUGGAGCUCUCAAAUCUGCUAGCUCUGGCCGUGAGUAUGCAAGCAACAAACCAUUGAAAUGGGACAAGCUUUACGCUGGCCGCCCUCACUCCCAGCCGGUUCUUUCCUUAGAUGUUUCCCCCUUCCAUGAAUACUUCAUCUCUUCUUCUGCAGAUGCUCUUGUCGUCAAGCAUCCCAUCCCCAGCGUAGAAUCUGCAGGUUUUAUCCAUACCGCUGGCCACAAAGAAGAAGCCCCCUCGAAGAUUGUCAACACAAAGCACUCGGGUCAGCAGGGCCUGCGGAUCCGAUCGGAUGGGAAGGUAUUUGCUACUGCUGGCUGGGACAGCAGAAUCCGGGUAUAUUCAGGCAAAACGAUGAAAGAGCUAGCUGUGUUGAAGUGGCAUAAGGAUGGCUGUUAUUCUGUAGCGUUCGGGGACACGGGAAGCCCGUCUUCGUUGGCGUCUUUAUCAUCUGAGUGUGAGAACCGGGAACCCCAAGAAGCAGACCAAAGCGCAACAGGGCAGAUGGCCGUCGAUGGACGCGACUACUCCCUUGUAACAGUGCAGCAGCAACGGAAUCAAAAAGUGCAAAAAACUCAUUGGCUAGCGGCUGGGUCCAAGGACGGGAAGAUUUCAUUAUGGGAUAUCUACUGA